AUGGGGCUGGUUUACUGUUGGCCGGAAUCGAGUUUUCUGAGAGGCGGAGGUGGGUACGAAGGUUGCUUGUUCUUUGGAUCGUCAUUUAUGAUAUCGACGGGGAGGUUGCAACAGAGAGUGGCGGUGGAGAUCAAACAGAUCGGUGGUCGGUUGGGGAUUCUUUUGUAUGAGUUCAGGAGGUCUAAGGCUGCCAUGGAUGAGCUUAGAAGUGAGUUGGAGAGGACAACGACGAUGACCACCACAACAACAACAACGAGUCAGGUAAUGGAGUGGGAAUCGGAAGGUGGGAUCGGAGAAAGGGUUGACAACUUGAGACAUUGUUUUAUGGUUUUGAGAUAUGGAGCUGAGAAUAUCGUUGCCCAACUUGAUGAUUUCUUUGAUGAAAUCGUUGAAGGAAGGAAGAAGCUUCUGGACUUUUGCAGCCAUAGGUAG